AUGUUUCACCUGUACUCAUUGCUAUAUUUCAAUUCAUAUAUAGUGGAUUUACAGGGAAUUAGUUGGAAUUUGACGUUUCAUACGCGAGCAGAAGCACGACAGGAGCGGUUGCUCCAAUACGUCAGCUAUGCGAAUCUAGGAGUAGAUCGUUCGCAAAUCAUGAAUGAGAUUCAUUCUACCAAAAAAGAAAAUAAUAUGUUUAGAUUUAGAUACACAAAGCGAGAUUGUCAUUGCUCUAUUGUGCAUUUCCAGCUGCGGCAUUUGCUUGCAGCUACCAGUAAAAACGAUAUUUAUUUUCCAAAUGGACAGCACGUAAAACAUUGGAGUCCAAUAUCACGCACAUCAAGUGAUGUGAUGUCACUUACUGGGCCGCUAUCACGGAUCAACAUUACUACUUUGGAUGCGCAAAGUAACAUGCUGAUCAUUGGAGGCUUUUGUGGGGAAUAUGCAUUUAAAAGAUUAGAUAGUAAGCAGAGUAAGUUGUAUACGGGGACAAUCACUACGGACGAAAAUGGCAUUACAAACCACAUGAAUUUGCAAACAAAUCGGAAUGGCGUACCACAGUGUGUUAUUUCAAGUAACGAUCGACACAUACGCACUCUGGAUUUAAAUCGGAUGGAAAUAGUUUCAGUAUUUCCGUUUCCUUGGGCAGCCAAUUGCUCAGACCAAAGUCCAGAUAAACGAUUACUUUGUGUUAUUGGCGACAAUCCAGAAGGAUUAAUUAUCAGUGCCGAUUCAGGAGAAGAACUAUGCCAGCUAAAAGGGCAUAUUGACUUUUCUUUUUCAUGUGCAUGGUCACCAUGCGGGACAUAUAUUGCCACGGGCAAUCAAGACUGCACCACGAGAAUAUAUGAUAUACGACGAAGUGACCAAGCGGUAGUAGUUUUAGGCACAGACAUGGGAGCAGUGCGAUCGCUUGGAUUUUCUCAAGACGGUAAAUUUCUUGCAGUAGCAGAGCCAGCUGAUUUUGUGCAUAUAGUGGAUAUGGAUACGGUGCGUGGACACCAAGGGGAAGGGAAUAGAGAGGACAAGACAGUAUCAGUUCAAACCGUCGAGUUUUUUGGAGAGAUUGCAGGGGUAGCAUUUGCAGGAGCGCAUGGAGAGCGAUUGUUUAUAGGCAACGAAGGUAAGCGAUGA